AUGAGGUGUGGUUCCAGAACAGAAGAACAAAAUGGCGGAAAAAGCACGCUGCCGAAAUGGCGACGGCCAAACGUAAACAAGAGGAGCUCGGGGAAGAAUGUGACGAGCAGGAAUCGCACGAUGCGGAGCCAUGCAGCGACGACGACGACGCCAAACGGCCGCGCCUCGACUUGCAUAUGCACAUGCCGCAUCAUCGACAGUGAUCUCCCCCCUGGCGCGGACCCAAUGCCCCCCCGCGCCUGGGAUCAGACCGACACCUAUAAGGACAAUAGUGGCAGUGUUCAAUACUACUAUAACUAUGACUACAAGGACACGAAUGACGCGCCAUGCGACCUGUCCAAUUGGCGUUACGACAAAGGUCAGAAAAGUGACAAUGUGGACAGUGAUGAUGUUAACUCUGAUGAACCUAUCAAUUUCGCGUACUAUCACUUCUGA